AUGCAGUCCUUGGAUGUUCACCAUACAGCGUACAGCAUUCAGGCUGUAGGGCUACAUCUAGGAGGGCAAAUGGGUGCUGGCUUGGGCGGUCGCUUUUGCACUAUGGUGCGGAACGGUCAACACACCUGGCUGCUGAAAGAUGGAGCUCCUGCAAGAUCGUGCAACCUGCAUUCCGGCCACCAGCGAGGUGUGCGCAUGUUUUGGUGCAUCAGAAUGAGCUCAUCCAUGGCUGAGGUGGAGGUCCAGGAUGCAUCUCCACUGACUGAGCAGGUGAUGCAUGUGCCGCCCCUUGCAUCAAGUGGCAGUGGAAACAGCUGCUACGACAAAUGA